AUGGCAAAUGGUCCUUGCCAUACACAAACAAAAAUCUGGCAUGGAGAAGUUCUACAUGUUAGGUUUGAUGAAGACACUUUAGUUGCUGAUCUUCUUGCUGACGGAGAAUUACUGUUUCAAGUUUCCAAGAUAAUAUGGAAAAGGUUACUGAAAAAGAACAGAGAACAAUUGCAACAAUCAAAAGUUUAUAUAUUUGAGAGACUAUCCUUCGGUAGGAGCAGUGGAAAAUACAUGCCCUAUUCAAAAGUUGACUCCUUUCUAAAGAUAUGUCAAAUCCUUGGGUUAGCUGGAAUUGAUCUGUUUACCCCUUCUGAUGUGGUUGAAAAAAGAAAUGUUCGGAAAGUCUGUAUGUGCAUACAAUCAGUGUCUAAAAAGUCUCACAUCAUGCACCUAAAUGUGCCUGAUUUUGAUAUAGUCACCUACACAAUAUCCAUGCCAAACUAUGUUGUUGGAGGUAUUCGUAGAAGUCUGGAGCAGCCACAAUACAGCUCAUCCAGUUCAAGUGGAUACAGUCCACGUGCCGGUUCUAAAGCACUACAGCAGCAGGCAGGGUCUUGGAAAGGGUUAAUUAUAAUAUUUGGAGGGCAGAACGACCAGCACGAGGACACACAUUAUGACUCUGAUGAAGCAGAAAGCAAACUCUCUCUUCUAGAACCUGAGGACUCAGUUGAUGAAGAAAAUUUUGCAGCCGUGCUUUCACAAUUUAGCGAUGCCCCCAACGAAGAAAGUGAAGGCUAUGGAGAAAGUGGACAUGACAAGCAUGAAGAAAAAUCUCUAGCUGAAUCAGUGGGUUCACUUAACAUUGGCAUUAUUGAUUCUGAGUUCAUGGAUUCAAGUCCUCUAAUUCAUAAUAAAGAAUCAUGUUCUACUCAUUCUGCAACUGACCAAUGUUCAAGAACUAGAAUGGCUAAAUGUUCAUCAAGUUCAGAAGAGUCAGAUUCCACAAGCAGUCAUUUGGCGUUUGACAGUGGCAAGAAUUAUUUGAAGUUGAACAAUCAUUCUGACACAGAUUUGGAAAGGAUUUACGAUGGACAUGCCAAGUCUCUUGAUCAUUGUAUUCGGGGAAAUGGGGAAACAUUAGCUGAUCAUCCAAACAAAGAGGAAGCUGACCUCCAAAAGGAGACUGGCACCAUAGUUCAACAUUGUGAUGCCCUUGCUUGUGAUAGGGAGUCUGAUGGUUCCCAAUCCACUGAUAAACCAGUGGAAUCAGAAGAUAUAGUUCAGGGUAGCAUCACUCAAAGGCCUGAAGAUGAUGUCCCCAAAUCAGGGAAAGGGGUUCUGAAGUCCGUUGCUGGAGCAAUUACCCUUGUCGGCGCAGUGUUCUUCAUGAUCCAUCUCAGAAGAAUCAAGGAGAGAAGCUUUGCGACGGUUAUACCAUCUCUUUCAGAAAAAUCAGUUCGGAGCAACUCAAGGGCUAAGAGCAUGGACAAAGAAAAUGUCCCUGAUGUGUACCCCGGGGGAGGGCUGAAGGUUUAA